CACUUACACACAAUAGAAUUCGUGUCGUUGUUUUUUAGUUCUCUCUCCUUUUUUUUCCAUAAAACAAAAAUCAUAAGCAAAGCAAAUUCAAAACUCUAUCUAAAUUGAGAAUAUUUAGUUAUUUUUUUCUAAAAUAAAAUAAACAUUGAAUCAUUGUAAAAUAGUUGAAAUUCGAAAUAAGUUUCAUUUUUUUUUAUAAUUUUAUAAGCCAUAGUGAUUUAGUGUGAGCCUUUCAUUGAAAUUGAUAGAAAAAAAUGUGUUCGAAAUCAAAAUAAGGAACAGAAGUAGCAGAAAAAAGUUUGUACAGUGGCCAGAAACAAGAAACGAAAAAAAAAUCGUAUUUACAAAUAACGCGAAAACCCAAACAAAAAUCAGUUGCAAGGAAGAAUAACUCGCACAAACGCAUUCAUCAACAAAAAUAAAAAUAAAAAUACAAAACAAAAGUGCAUUUUUUUCGUUUCGACAUAGAGAGAGAGGAGAGAAAUAGAAAAAACAAGCGAAUCGAGUUGUACAUUGGAAGCAAGAAGAACCUUCAGAAGAAGAAAAAAAAACUGGAAGUGCAUGGAAAUAGCUAUGGAACUGUGGUGAAACUAGAACAAGCGAUUGCAAAAGAAAAACUCUACUCGUGAGUGUGUGUGAUUGUUUUUUUUUCUUUCUGUUUGUGGUCUCUUUGGCCGAAGAAACAUUGAAUUUAUCGCGAAUGGAAAUGUAAGUUUUCCCCAUCGAAGUCAAAGUCAUUUGCUAAGAAUCUGGUUUCCUUCAACAUUGUCAUUGAAAAAAUUCGCUCCGCAUAAUUCGCAAGUGUGGUACUGUGCUGCUGCUGCGGCUGCUGCAGCAGCGUUCGAUGGUUGUUCCUUUUGUGUAUAGAUAUGUGCUUGCAAAACAAUUCCAUACGAAAUAUUUGCAACAGCAUAACCAAAAAAAAAGAAGAAACAGACAACAGAACAAGCAGCAGCACCAGCAGCAGAAGUACAAAACAUACAACAUCAGCGAGCGCAGAGAGCAAUUACAACAACAAAACGUUUGUCGAACCUGACAGUCUUUUUUGUGUGUGUUGAAAACGAGAAGCAGCACCAAAGAAAGACAUGCAAGAGAAGUUACACACGCAUUCGAACACACUCACACACAUACAGAGACACACAGGCCCGACACAUCAAUGUAUCGAUGUCGUACAGGCAAUGUAACACACGGGGGCCAGCCUGAAAUGCAUACAUUCGCCGCACACACACAUCUACAACCGUCGUGUGUUUGGUGUUACACACAGCCACCAUACAGCCGUUUUUCUUUGUACGGCAUUUCAGCACAGAAAGAAGAAGAAAAAGAGAGAGAGAAAAAAAGCGAACCAGGCGAAAAACUAAAACAUGCACGGAACUGAGAGUGCUAAAAAAACAGAUUGCGCGUGUAUUCAUAAUAGUUAGAGUUUCGCUGAACAAGAUUCUGUUUUUCAUUAUUGACAUUUAUUGUAUUGAGAUCUGCGUGUGUUUUUUCGGUAGAUUUUUUUUUCGCUCUCUCUCUCUUCAUUCUUCUGCAACGAGUCACAGAACGAUCAUCGGUUUGUAUGUAUGUGUGUGAAGACAGAGGUUUUUUCUUUCGAUUUCAGUUUGGCUCUGUGUAUACAUACAUAUUUUUGUUUUGCCUUCUACAUUUUCUCACUCGCGCGACUUCGCGGUUAUUUCUCUCACUCUGGGACUAUGACAGAUCUUUAUUGUGUACAUAUUCAUUAUUAUUGAAGAUACCGUUAGCCGUGGCUGUGCUGUGUGUUGCCACUCAAGUGUCUGUGAGAGAUGGUGAUUGAACCACAAGAAAAAAAAGAAAAAAAAAGCGAACUCAAAUCGAAAUCUCUGACCAAGUGUGCGCCGUUUAGUGUGAAUUGUAAGUGAAAUUAAAGCAACUAUUAAAGAGGCUUCUCGGAGGUAUUUGGAGUUCGUCGAGGUUCAAGAAAUUACUAUUCUAAAUCGAAUCGAUACCAGUCAAGAUAGAGAUAAUUUUUGUAUUUGAUUUUUUUUGUUGUUAUCAAAAUCCAAGAAAAACCAGCCAUAAUAAUUCGAGUAAACAAACGAUUGUGCAACGGGAUUGUGUAAAAAGGGCAACGAGUGUUGAAAUUUUUUUGAAUGGCAUUACUCAUAUUCGUUCAUGUCGUUGUAUGUUUUUUUUCUCGGCUUUUUCUUUCAAUUGUGUUCGGUUUGAACUUCGAAAGUACCUGAUUUAUGUGUGCAUCUGUUGUUGUUGUUGUUGCCAUUGCUCUUGUUGCUUGAUUCAUUAUGCCUGACAUUAUAUGUGAGUCUUUGGCUCGGCUGUGCGCUGUGAGUUGGUUUUAUUGUUUCUUGUCACUUUUGGAUUCAAAGAUCGAAACGCUUGAAUGGAAAACCAUUUAUCUCUGUGUCUGCUUGCUGCUGCUGUUGCUGUUGUGCUACGAAAGCAAGAAAUACCACUGGCGGCAGCAGUGUAAGAAUUGCAUAAACGCUCUCUCGCUAAAGUUCAUGCAAUUCACAUAAAUGAUGUUGAGAAUGCUGGAAACUCAUUAAAUAAUUAUUAUUAUUUUGCCAUUGUAAAUGUGACGAAAAAAAGCAGCAGCAGCCGCAGCAGUACCAACUAUUUCGUAAGAUUUCUCUCUUUUCUCAAGCACUUACAUCGUGCGCCGAGAGUUGUUUUUCAUUUGCACUUUGUAUACUACUGAAAAUAUCGCGCGAUGGCGAACAGGUUGGCCGAAUUCUCUCUGUGUUUCGUUUAGCCUCUUUUUUUCUCUCUUUACAAUGUAAUCAACUGUAAAAUUCGCAUAAUUGAGGUUCGGUGUUUGUAAAUCAACGAUACAACGAAUUCCCAUUUACAAAUCAGAUGUUGACCGAAUUUAUGCGUUGUGUGUGCGUGUCGUGUCGGGUCAUGAAUCAUAUAUAUGCUUAAAUUAAACAUUUACGAUGAAAUUAGCACGCGCCAGCGCCAGCAAUAACAAACGGAUCAAAUCAAAGUCGUGACGUUCAAUUUCUCCGAAUCGGUUGCAUUGGAAUUGGAAAUGGAAAUAAAUAGGUGAAAUUAUUUCUCUCAUCACCGUUUGCUACCACUGGCUGGCUGGUAUCUGGCCUCACUGAGGCCCAUAUUAACAAUACAAUUGAAAUGAUUGGCAUAAAAAUGAAACUAUAACAUCGUUUUUUUUUUCGAUGUGAUUCAUGAUAACACCGAACAAUAACUGGGGAAUUACAAAAAGCCAUUGUUCGCAGCAUGGAGACGAUACAAAACAGAGGCAAAUUAAAUGACCAAGAAUUAAGCGAGAUAACAAAUCGAAUCAGGGAUUGAUUCAAUGGAACAGCUGAACUGAAUGAUAGAGAUGCGCACACGCGUUUGUUCGAUUGUUGUUGUUAUUGAUGUUGCUCUGUUGUCGUUAUUCGUCGUAGCCAUAAAAAGUCUUUUUGAUAGGAAUGUUGUGUGCUGUUGUUUCGUCAAGCCAGUUCAAAUAGAAUAAAAUCAAUAAAACAGAAUGUUGUACAAUGUAGAAUGUGCAUUGUGAAUUGAAUAGAAAAAAAAGCAGUACGAAAUCGACGAUGACGACGAAGAACGCAUCCACGCAUACGAUAUGCACGAGCCGAGGCAAUUCGAUAUCUAGAACGCACACACGAGCAAAACGAGCGCGCGCGAGUGCUCGCUUUUCAAUUCAAACCUACAAUCGACGAGUUGUUCGACUUGAUGAUAGUCAUGCCAACGUUGUUAAACAUGCAAUUGCACGAGCGCCAAUAUUGACAAGAAUCAAUAAUGAAUGAACGAGCUGGUCUAGUUUGCCUGUUUCGUCAUUCGCUCUCUCUGUCUGUGUGUAUGUGUGCUUGUGUGCACUCGCCCCGCGCGCGUACACAUAAUUGGAAACAUACUUUGUGCCCGAACGGGCGUUCAAACGUUUUCUUUGUCCGAAUUUCGAUGUGCAUCAAUCGCACACAUUCAUUUUAUUAUUUUUAUGAUUUCGAGUAUGAUAUUUUAAUUUGAAACAAGCAAUUAGAAUGCCUAUCAAAAUCAACGCGUGUAUUGAUUCAGUCGGACGCUGUAUAAACAAAAGAAAAUCGAAACAAAAUGCCUUGCUUUUAAUAAUUGACGUUAUAGCUGCUGCUGCUGAUGACGACGACGACGUUGCUUUUCAAGCUCGCUCGCUUCGCUCGGUUUCUAUCUCGUUUGCCAAUUCUAACUGAACUUCGACUUGCCUCGAUGCCAAAUUACGAAAAUCGAUGUGUAGCCAUUUGUGUGUAGCAAAACAUGCGAAUUUUCGCGCACACACACACACGUCUCAUUUUUGCUGGCAGCGAUUUUGGUUUAUUUUUGACACGGUUUUCGCUUGAAAACUCAAUGAAAAUUAAAAUAAUUUUUCCAAUUCAACGAUUUUUCCUUGUGCGAGGUACAAACACAUGGUCCAAGGCAAGGGCGAGGUACACGGUGAACGAUAAAGAGUAGAGAAUCUGCGACGUGUUUGCCAAACUGAAAUGAUUUAACGAGAGAGAGAGAAAAUAAAAUAAAAUCGAUAUUUGACAAAUUUAAAGUCGGUUAGCCAUAGACCCAGACACAUGCAUAAGCACAUCUCACGUACGUGCCCGUCCGACUACUGCUUUUACUGUCGUAUAUUGUGUGCGAUGCUUUCGGAAAGUAUUCAUAAAAAUUUACACAUUUUAUCAAGUCAAAUAGUAUAAUAAUAUAAUUUGGUCGACGGUCAUGGCACACGUUUCGUUCACCGUCUUUUUUUGUUCGCUCUUCUAUUUGAAUUUCGUCGGGAAACUCGUCCGGUUGACAUUGGAAAGAGAGCGAACAAAACGACGCACACAAAAUUUUUCCCUAUCGCACGUGUAUUUUUAGCGAAAGUGAUCUCUCUGCGUAAUAUUUUGCACGUACGUUUGCGUCAAGCGAGAGAUAAAUGAAUUUUUUCGGAUGUUCAUAACAAAAAAGAUUGCCGUUGGACAUGGCCGAAGAGAAAAGCGAAUUUUCUCACACGCAAUUUUCCAUUUCUUUUUGAAUUUGUUACAACAGAAAAUAGAAGAGUGUUUUUUUUCUCGGUCACAAUAGAGUUGAAACAGCCAUAAGUGACUUUUGAGCCUCAAAAGAGCGUUUAGUAUCUUUAAUAGCAUCGUAUUCAGGGAGUCAAAAAGUUUUUGGAGCAGAAGCCAUUCAGUUUAAAGUGUGAGCUCCUGGUUAAAAGUCAUUUUGCUUUGGAGUGGAAUUUGUUUUUUUUUCUGCUUCUAUUGGUGUUUUUCCAACGUGAAGCCUCACGUGAAAGAGAACAGUUAAGAAUCAAAGCAAUUUCAUGCGAUAGAGAGAAAAAAAUCGUUGGAAUUUAAAAUAUAGACCAUUUUCAAACCAAAUUUACCAUAAGAAAAAGACUUAAAAUAAAUUUUGCCAUCCAAAAAUAUUUCAAAAGAAACGUCGCAACAAUUAGAACAACGUGUCGAAUGAAUCAUUGUGUCUAAUUGCCGCUCGACUUAUUUCUCAUUUGGGAUUCCGACAUCAGACAAGUAAAUGAAGCAAUUUGGUCAAAUCGAGAGAGGGAAAAAAGGUGUCAGAAAUAAAUUAAACAAAUUGAACAAAGUCGAAGCACAUUAACAAAACAAAACCAAAAAAGAAACAACAACGUCUCAAAUUGCUCUGGUUUGGUGCAGCAUUUCCGUGGAAUUCUCACUGGUUUGUGUGUUAUUUGUAUAUUGAUGAUCGUAUUCAAGCCAAAUAGAUUCUGCUGCGAUUCGAAGAAAAAUCAACGCGAAUAGCAGCGGCAGCAAACAAAAAUCAAUGACCUAGUAGCAUUUACGUCUGAAAAAUCAAUUUAAAGUGUUUUUAUUUGCUCGUAAAUGACACAAGUCAUUCGAUAGUAUACGGUUGGCAAGUGUGUAAUGUAUAUAGGCACGUUGGGAGUGAGUAAUCGGGAGAUCGUGCAAUGGGAAGAUCAUCAAUGCUCAUUACGAGCAAUAAAAGCCAUCUAAACAAAGGCAAAGCUAAAUCCUACGUCGAGUGAGUUUCAUUUAAACGCGAGACGCGAUAGUUCACCGAUUUCUCUUUUUUUUUGCAAAAUCAUUUUUGCGCACCGCGUUUUGGCGUGUAUGUGACAGGCCAGCAAAGACACUCAAUGCACAGCGGAACAGAGAGGGUGUUUUUGUUUGAAAUUUCUGUAAUUUUCCGUUUUUAUUCUCUUCGCACACAAAAAAAUUGAGCUCAUUGUGACACUGGUUACAAAUUCGGAAGUGUACAAAUUUAGCUAAAAACGAAACAGAGCAGCACAUUUUAACGAACAUCGAACGACAACAAUGUAAAAAUGUGACUGUUUGAAAUUGCUCAUUUCCACACAAAAAAAAUUGUAAUCAUAAUUUACCCAACGGAACCAUAUAUUCAAAACAAAACAAACUGAAAUUGAAAAUUCGGCGUGAAUAAAAAUGUACAGCUACACAGCUGAAGUAAGAAGAAAAAAAGCGCAACGUUUUUUCUGUUGUUUUAUUACAUGAUUUGAGCUUACUUCAAAUCAGAGAGAGCGCGCGCGCGCGCGAAAGAGUUAGAGAGAAGAGAAAAAAAGAAGUGCGAGCUCGCCGAAAAGCAUGAACGAAAACGUGAAAACGAAAAUGUACUAUUACUAAAUUUAGCAAUUAAGGAAGCACGACUUUUACGGCAGCACAUGAACAUUUAUGUUUGUGCGAUCGCAAGUAUCUAGUAAUUGUAGCGCGGCUUAACGUCUGUGUAUGUAAGUCUGUGUUUAUGUACAAUUGCAAUCCAUAUUGUACUCUCAAUGCCGUUGUUCAUUCAAACUCUGGCGCGCAAAUACACGAACAAAUUUUGACUCGAUGAAAAUGAAAGAAAUAAAAACCUAUAAAGUGAGCGCUUAUUUAGAUCGGUUUCAAUUGUUCGAUAUUGUUUUCUCGCUUGUGCACUGUGCAUGGUGUGUGUAGAGGUGCGAGUAAAGCAACACACGAAAGGCAGCAACGGCAGUAAUAAUAGCGCGAACACACCUUACAUUGAGCGGCUUACCAAACAGCCACAGUGGCGUCACCGAUGAUAAUUCGCACAUUAAAUUAGACGUUACUCUUUGUCGCUACGGUUUAUAUAUGCUUUCGAAAAUGAAAUUAAAAUUGAAUCAAAAACUCGUCGUUAUGAUAUAGAUUCGCUUUUUUUGUGUCCACAACACAUCCAAACAGACACGAUCCACCACUUUCAGUUCGAACAACUAAAAGUUUUCAAACGAACCAAUGUCGUAUCUAUUAGUUGCUGCAAACGCGCGAACAAUUUUGCUGUAAAUUUUUUUCUUCUGUCAACUGAAAAAUAAUAUAGCAAACGAUACUGUAAAAAUAGAAACACUUUGUUUGUCAACGGAAAAUUAUUGUUUUGAAAAAAGUGUAGCCGUAAAACAAAAGAAUAACAUGCACUACGACAAUGUGGUGAAUGUUCGACAGUAACAAACAAAAUAAAAACGCAAAACAUGGCAAUAAAAACAGACUUUAUGUCCGAAUUUCAAGUAGAAAUUUCACGUAGAAGAAGAAAUUACGUCCAAUCUAUUGUGCAUACAUAUGGUCUAUUGCGAACAUAUCUCUCUCACUUGAAUUCAAAUUUUCACAAAAUACUCACAUUCAUUUCAGGAUAAAAACUUACAUUUUCAAGCUUUGAGAGGGAAAAAAAUUCAAUUAUAAAUAACCGACAAAAAUACAUCGCAAAAGCGAAUCGAAAUUGUCGAAAUGAAAUUGAAACCUAAAAAAAGAAAAUUCAAUUGAAACCUAAAAAAAGGAGAAGCAGGAAAAAAACGAAAAUCGAAUCUGGCCAAUUUCUUUCUCGCAUUCUGUCGGUUCAUAAUUUCUGAUUGUGCACACUGAACAGCAUGCGGCAGUGAAUUGAGAAAAAUCCUCGAAGCAAAUAUUAAUUAGCAAUUAAAUGUAUAUAUAUCGUGUGCAUGCAUUCUAAUCUCGAAUCGAUCAGACGCCCAGUUGUGUGUGCUUUCGUUCAUUUGUUUAUUCGGCGCAGUUCGCCUAACUCUAGUCGAGCGUGUCUCGCACUGCGAAAUGAAGAAAAAUAUCGGUUUUGGCAACUGUGAACACACACGUUUUUUUCGCUGUCGUCUUUCAUUUCAGUUUUUUUUCUUCUCUAAACAUUUGUUUGCACAUUCUCAUUCACUCUAUCGCGCGCGCGGGCUUUUCAGAAUAUACAUGAAGUAAACAAACUCUCCUAAAUAUUGCAAUAUAGUUAAAUAUCAGUUUUGAAUAAAACACACAUUUGUCGACGUCUUGCGCAUCGCCAAAAGUGGCAAUCGAGGCAAAUGUUUCGCCUCUCUCGAUGAGGAGCAAAAAAAAGCGCGGCGCACACAAAUUGUUUCUGUGUUUUUCAUAUCAUAGAAUCGACAUUUUGUUGUGAUCUCGACCCGUCGUGUGUUUUGAGGAAUUUCAGUGCCUUUUUUUCUACUCUCGUGUUCAGUUAUCCAGGAGGCGUACGUGCUAUCAUCAUUGCUCGUUUUUUUUUCUCCACUAUAUUGGCAUCGUGUUCACUUUAAUUUGAGGAAGAAGCGAGAAAAAAAAACAUUAAUGGAAAAUAAAGUGAUGUGAUGCAUGUUGAAGUGUUGCAGACAGUGCCGUUUUAUAUAACGAUAAAGAUCCAACCGAGAAAUUAAAAAAAAACCCAGCAAACAUGAAACGAACAUCACAAUAGGAAUUUAGAUAAAGGAGGAAAGUGACGAAAGCGUUCUUUAUCGCCGACGCCGCGCCCCGUGUAGCAACAAUACUCGGCCACACAACGGAUUCGACGACAAAACGCUGUAACACAUCUUCACGGGAUUGUUUUUGACAAAACACAAAGAAAUAUUUACAUACACCGCUUGAUUUUAUUUGUUUUCAACAAGUCGACGGCAAAUGUAAUGAACCAGAAAAGAAUUGGAACAUUACAGGCGAUAACAACAAAGUGAAUGAAAAAGAAAAAAAGGGAGAGGGAGAGAGAGAGAGAGAGAAGGAGCAGCGAUAAAUUAGAUCGUAAACAAAUUAUGUCCACUUCAUUCUAAGUAGCAGAUACAAUACUAUUUUAAGAUAUAACCAUGGCGGACGGGCAUAUUCAUAAGCAUUUACAGUCGAUGUUCCACUUGCUUCGCAAUGAGGAAACAUUGAAAAUGGCGGUUAAAUUGGAGAGUGCUCGAUACGGUCGUACGCGGUAUUUAGUGGUGGUGUCCUGUUCACGAAAGGACAUCAAACGGAAAUUGACACAAUCCCAUCAACAGCAGCAGCAGCAGCAGCAGCAACAACAUUUUAAUAAUUUAAUUAACGCUCAAAAUAUCAACAGUAGCACUAAGGGUAUUAGCAGUAAUAAUCGCAACAGCAAUGAGAAUCAAAAUAGUAAUAGUAGCACGACACCGAGUCCGAAUCGAAAAUCAUCGCCAGACCAAUUGCCGAAUAGUUCGCCCGCACUAAUUGCAACUUCGUUAAAAAGUGGCACAAAGCACCUUAUCAACGAAAAAGAUCUGACGAAUUUAAAUCGACUCUCAACAUCACCGAAACAAGAACAACAGCAGCAACAGCAGCCAUUGCCGCCGCAGCAGCAACAAACUGAUCAGCUCGACGAGAUGAAUCAGAACAACAUGAACGAAGUGGAAGAAUCGUGUUUGUUAGGCAUUGAUUGCAAUGAAAAAACCACAGUUGGCUUAGUUUUACGAAUAUUGGGUGACACAACCAUCCGAUUGGAUGGUGACGGUGGUUUUUGCAUUAGCGGCAGCGGGCGAACGCAUAUUUUUAAACCAGUUUCGGUGCAGGCGAUGUGGUCUGCGUUACAAACUUUGCACAAAGUAUGUGCAAAAGCCAGAGGGAAUAACCUGUAUCCUGGUCGACCGUCGCAUGAAUGGGUCUCAUACUAUGACGAACGCAUCGGUUCCGAUCAAUCGUGUUUGAACGAAUGGAAUGCCAUGGAUUCACUUGAAACUCGACGACCACCGUCACCAGAUGCCAUACGCACUAAACCGACUGAACGUGAAGAAACGGAGAAAGUCAUUAGGACUACGUUGAAGGAAAUUAUCGUACAACUGGAUCUCGAUGAAGUGACAUCAAAAUUUAUACGAACAAAAGUGGAGGAGCAUCUCGAUAUGAAUCUAACGGAGUAUAAAUCAUUUAUUGACGAAGAAAUGCUGAAAAUUUUAAAACAACUCGAUGCACCAACGAAAAUCUUUGACCACGUCUACUUGGGCUCCGAGUGGAAUGCCAGCAAUUUGGAAGAGCUGCAGAAAAAUGGGGUUCGACACAUUGUAAAUGUGACACGUGAAAUUGACAAUUUCUUCCCCGGCAUGUUUGACUAUUUCAAUGUUCGAGUGUAUGACGAUGACAAGACAAAUUUGCUGAAAUACUGGGAUAAUACGUACAAGUAUAUAUCGCAGGCGAAAAAUUCGGGCUCAAACGUUCUAGUCCAUUGCAAAAUGGGAAUCAGUCGAUCGGCAUCCGUUGUGAUAGCGUACGCAAUGAAGGCAUACGGUUGGAGUUUCACCGAAGCAAUUGAUCACGUGAGAAACAAUCGAAAUUGCAUAAAGCCAAACAAAAAUUUCCUGAACCAAUUGGAAACGUACCAGGGAAUGUUGAUGGCAAUGAAAAAUAAGGAGAAACUUCAGCGCAGCAAAAGUGAUACGAAUCUGCGGAGUGUGAAAGAUGCUCGACUGUUGCCGGGCAGUGAACCGACUCCAUUGAUUCAAGCCUUCAAUGCAGCGGCAAAGAAACAAUCUCAGAAUUCAUUUCUAAUGCGAAGUGCCACACUGUCGAAUCGACCAAAAAGUUGGUCGCCCGACAGCCUAGAAUGUGCGGUUUUGUUGCCCAAACAGCAUUCACAAUCGCUGGAAUAUUUGGCGCCCGAAUGGAAUGAAAAAGUAAAACUGAAGAAUAACAUGAGAUUACCGUGUAAAAAUGGGCAAAACUACAGUGUGUCUCAGAAUCAGGUGUUUUACCUCGAAGAAGCAAAUGUGAUGCAACAAUGCAUGUCCAAUGUAAAGCUUAUUGUGAAUGAAUUGGAAUCGAAUGUGAAGCGCCGAACGGAGGGUAAACAAACCGUCGAAGGUAAAACUAUGAACAAAGAUUCCGAUUCAAGCAAUCAAAAUGUAACGUUGCGUGUUGUAACAAAACCUCCGAUUUCCACAACAUCAACAUGUGAUAGAACGUCACCGUUUGGUUCGCUCAAACGCAGCGAAUCGAAUAAAUCGCGUUCGGAUUAUGAUGGGCAAUCGGAAAAGUACAGCCCGGUCAUGAAAUCAAGAAGUUUGGAUGUAUCGAACAUGGUUACCAGCACUGCCACGACUGCCAUAAAUGUACCACCGUCGACAAUAAAUAACCGACCACCGUACGGUAGUCCGAACAAUCGACAUUCACUUCAUGAAGAAACCAUGUCGAACACAUCAUCAAAUCCAAACGUUUCACCAGCAUGGACGCGCCGCUUCUAUAAUCCUACAAAUUCGACCGCGAACAACAAUAACAAUAACAGCAACAACAUUAACAGCAACAGCAACAAUAACAACAACAACAACAACAACAAUUCAUCGUCUCGAUCUGGUUCAUCGUCAUCGAACUCAUCGAACUCCUCGAAUUCAUCGUCAUCGUCAAAUGUGUCGUCGCUGGCGAGUAUGUCGACCGAUCUCAUCAACGAUUUAUGUAAAACGGGCUCGAAAAAUGUAAAAAAUCUGCGAAAUGCAUAUUCACUCAAAUCGACAAAUCAAAAUAUCAACUCAAAUAAAACCGUUGGCAUGAUGCCAACGUAUGCCGCGGUGGAUAAACGUAAUCUAUUCAACGAUAGCGAUACGGAAUCGAGUUUUGUAAACAUGACAAUUGCUCGACUGGCCGACCAAUUUUCCAAAGAUAUUAUGCAACGCAUAAAGAAGCGUUGCAAAAGUGAUGGCAUGCUAUACGAAUCGGACCUGUUGGCAACCGUUAACAAGCGAUUCUCAUCAUCAUCACCGACUGACUAUUCGGAAAAACCGCUUAACAACCGGUCAGCAAUCACAUGGAACAAUCGAUUGGCCAACAACAAUAAGAAUAACAUUCAAAUAAAAGGCAAGCGCAAUGUAAAAAAUCGUGGAUCAUUGUGUCGUACCGUGGAGAAUCUCAAAUUGAAUUUUGAAUCGAAAGAGACUGAUGCAUCAUCGAAUAUUGGGAUUGCAAAGGAGGCGAAGCGUGGUAAAUCGUUGCCCUCGUCUCCAGUUGCAUCAGUCUAUGCGAAUAAUAUGUCGAUGACAACAACAACAACAACGAUGGCAACGGCACCAACAACUGUCGAAUCGACGCCAACCACCCUUAAGCUCAACUAUGAUAAAUUAGGCUGCGAAGAAAUCAACGUCAAAGGAUUGGUGGACAAAUACGAAGUGACCAAAUUGAAAAAUGAGACAAACACUAACGCCACCGCUGCCGCCGCAGCUGCCACAUUCAAUGCAUCCACUCCAAAUGUAAUAGCACGCUUCAAGCGUCACACCAUCCAUCAAUCACCGCAACAUAAUACAAUCCAUCCAAAACCGCCACCAAUUCCACAUGCAUCGAUUGUCGUCGCUUCAAAGCCUGCCAACAUUUUACUAUCCAAACAACCACUGCAUCAAAAUAAUAAUCAAUCCUUUGCUAGACUCAAAGAGCACUUUAAUUCAGCCUCUGCUUACAACACUAUGUGAACAAGAAACAUACACAGAAAACAAAAUGAUACGAAAAAAAAAAUUUAUUAUCGAAAUUGUUUAUAAUUAUUUAAAUUGAAGAGAGAAAAAAAAGAAAAAAAAAUAAAUAAUCUUUUAUGAUAAUUUUUUGGAUUCAAUUCAAUGGCAUUCAAAAUUUAUCGCUUUUUUAUGUUUUUUUUGUUUUUCUUUUUUCCUUUUGUGUAAAUAAAAAAAAAGCUACAAUCUAUACAUGAAAA